ACACUCGGUCACAAGUUGGGCAUUGUAUCGUCCUAUCGUCUGAAAACAUCAGUCCAACAAGUGCGCUUGUCAGUGAAAGGUGAUUGUAUUUUACGAGAAAGAGAAAUUGAAAAAUUAAGCGCGAAUAAAUUUAUUCGAAAUAGUAUAGGAAAAUUAUUAAAUUAAAAAGUAAAAAAUUAGUUAAUAAUUUAAAUUUACUGAAUUAAAAUUCGAGGAUUUUCAUUAUUUAAUCAUGUGGAUGCGACUGUUUUUUUUAUGUUCUGUUACAAUCAUUUUUGUAAUACACGAAACUUGGGCCUUAGAAACCAACAAUGAUCACAAUGAAACAAAUCUAUCUGGAUGUCGGUGUGCACAUUACGAUUGUGGAUGCUGCAGUCACAUUGAAGUGGAUUUUAUUAAACUGAAUGGAACACUUUGUUCCGACAUGAAAUACCUGACAGACGAUAUAGGAGUGUCUCUAACAGUUGUUUACAACAAUAUAACUUUUUACAAUGAAACCAUAUCAGUGAGAAAUCCGCCAAUGAUUUGUCCUAUCAUCGUGGAAGAAUUACAUGUCGAGGCUUGUAUUCGCUUUUACGAUAUGGAUUUUGAUAGACACCAUUUUAAUGGAUGUGCUGAAGUUGAUAUUUCAUUAUUCAGAGCAUUACCCUUAAUAAGAAGAGAUCUCGGAUGCUUUCACAUGGGUCAUCAAAAUUCAACAACAAAUUCCAUACCAUAUUCUGUGAUAAUGGUAUAAAAUAAUAUAAAAAAAGGUGAUAAAACCAUUUUAUUUUUUCAAGUAUUAAUAAAUUUUUAAUAUUUUCUGUUUUUUAUUUCCAUGACAUUUUAUACAAAGACAGAUAUGUUUAACACUAAAAAAAUGUACUUUAUUAAAAUUGUAAGUUUUUAUCUUAUUGUGAUAUAAACGAAUGAUUAAUUUAA